CAGCAAACAAAGUGAGAGCAGAGGGAGGAGGGGAAAAGUGGAGGAGGGGAAGGAGGCGGAGCUAAGACAGACAGCAGGGAAGGAAGAAAAGCAGAGUAGGGGGAAAGAGAGGAGAAGAGAUCAAAGGGGAGAAGGAAAGAGUGCUUCCUUUUAAAACUCCUCACAGUGGUCUGUGGAAUAAAGGAAAGUUAGAGGAGAACGAGAGAGGAGAAACAGAGAGAAAGAGAGGAAGAUUUGAGUUAACGAACUGGGACCAUAGUGAUUUUCUUCAGGAGAGACGGAGACAAGUGGAGGCAGCAAUGCAGGCGUUUCACUGGGGCACUCAAGGCGGUGUGGGAAAGCAGUUCCAUCAAUGGAAGGUGUGAGGUGAUAAUGCUGUCCCACAUUUUCCAACUCCAGAGUGUGUGUUCAGUGUAUGUCCGGCCUUGUCCAGGUACCAUGGCUCUGGUUCAGACCCUGCCUGUGUCCACGACUGACAAUCACAAGCCUCCUACCAGCCUCGACAUCGUCUCCCUCUCCCCCGUGGUUGGAGGGCCCUGUGGCCCCGGACCCACCAUGGGCUCCGUCAGCAGCCUCAUCUCUGGCCGGACCUAUCAGGAGCAGCGACACUGCCGGGCCGCCAGCGAGUUCAGCACUAAGACACGCCAUAACACCCCAACCACCAGCUGUUUCAGGCUCCAGGGUGAUAACAACACCUUGCACAGUGCGAGCUCCCUGGAACAACUACUGGUCAUCAACAACCAGACCCAGACCCAGACCACACAGCUCCAGCCCCCGCCACUGCCCACCAAGAAGCAGCCCCGGGCAGGUAACUCUGCUGGUGGGGCAGGGAAUGGAAACUAUGGGUUUGUGACUGAGGUGGUGACUGUAGGAGACUGGAAUGAUAACCAUGUGGUGCCGGUCGGGAGUCCGUGUAGCGACUCGGAGGAGCAGAGGGAUAACCGAGGUCUCAACGGGAAUAUUGGCGGUCCGCCGCCCAAACUCAUCCCUGUGUCGGGAAAACUGGAGAAGAACAUGGAGAAGUUUCUGAUCCGUCCCACUGCGUUCAAACCAGUGGUCCCCAAGAACCGUCACUCGGUGCAGUACCUCUCCCCGAGGCCAGGGGGCAGCCUCUCUGAGAGCCAGGGCAGCCUCAACCUCCUCCUGCCCCUACCUAUCAAUGGGAAUAAUGGAAAUACUGUGGUCAACAGCCCGGGGAGCUACGGAAAUGUCGUAUCUCUGCUCUGCUCCUCCUCUUCCUCGGACAGCAAAAGGAACUCGUACAGCGGAGGACGCAACGCUCGCAGCAGCCAGUCCUGCUCCAUGUCAGACUCUGGCCGUAACUCCCUGUCCAGCCUCCCCACUCACAGCAGUACCGGCUACAGCUUGGCCCACAGCGAGGCCUCUGGGUCUGGAGGGUCCGGGGUGGGCCUGGAGCCUGGGGCUGGAAGAACUACUACUACCAACGGAGGAGGGUCGGUGACCCACGGAGUUCACAGUCACUCAACCUCCCACGGUCACUCUAACUCGGACAGCGGGCGUUCGUCAUCCAGUAAGAGCACGGGGUCGCUGAGCGGGCGCGGCCAGCCCCUGUCGGACAGUGGGUCGUGUGGGCACUCACCCCCGCCCCUGGAGGGGUACGAGGGGGUGAUGAGGGAGCUGGAGGAGAAGCUGAGGGAGAGGGAUUUGGAACUGCAGCAGCUCAGAGAGAACCUGGACGAGAACGAAGCCGCCAUCUGUCAGGUAUACGAGGAAAAGCAGCGUCGCUGUGAGAGGGAGCUGGAGGAAAUGAGACAGAGCUGCUCUUCCAAGAUGAAACAGGCUACACAGAAGGCCCAGAGAGUACAACAGGCCUUACAACUACAGGUGUUCCAGCUGCAGCAGGAGAAAAAGAAACUUCAGGAGGACUUCUCCUCUCUGCUGCAGAACAGGGAAGAGCUGGAGAGGAGGUGUGCCUCCAUACAGAGAGAACAGAUUCAGUUGGGACCGCGCCUAGAGGAGACGAAGUGGGAGGUGUGUCAGAAGUCAGGUGAGAUAUCCCUGUUGAAACAGCAACUGAAGGAGAUCCAGUCAGAGCUGAGCCAGAAGGGUGGGGAGCUGGUGGUCCUGAAAUCCCAGCUGAGGGAGGCCAGGACUGACCUCCAAAACAGCCAGGCCAGGAGCCAGGAGGCUGGGUCGGCCCUGCGGACACGCUCCCUGGAGCUAGAGGUCUGCGAGAAUGAGCUCCAGCGCAGGAAGAGCGAAGCCGAGCUGCUCCGCGAGAAAGUCGGACGCUUGGAGGAAGAGUUGGCCCGCCUCCGAGAUGCCCUGGCCAAUCAGGAAGGAGGUUAUCUUCCUGGAGGCCAGGCGCCGGCUAAUAAGGGCCAGUGCAUGAGCCUGCCCCUCCCCCAGGGCCGUGCGGGUGUGGAGGGUGGAAAGGGGGGCCCCAGCCCCUCUAUGGGGUACCGUGAGGCGGAGGAGGGCAGGCUGGUAUGGGGAGGGGAGAGUGAUGAGGCCAAGACUCAGAGGCAGAGUGCUGAAGCUGUGCUGGGACUCAGGCAACAGGUGGAGAGGCUGAGGGCAGAGCUGAUGUACGAGAGGAGGAGCAGUGAGGAGCAGCUGGGAGGAUUCGAGGAGGAGAGGAGGGUCUGGCAGGAAGAGAAGGAAAAGGUGAUCCGCUACCAGAAGCAGCUGCAGCAGAACUACAUCCAGAUGUACAGGAGGAACAGAGAUCUGGAGAGGGUGAUGAGAGAGCUCAGUCUAGAGCUGGAGAACAGAGACAUAGAGGACUACGACAUCCACAGCGGCAGCAACGACAUCCACUUUGAGGAGAUGACCGCUACUGAGAUCUAGAGGGGACAACACAGGGGUGUCCUCUCGCCCCAUUGAGAUUUAGAGACCAGACAGGGACGUUGUCUAACCCCAGUGAUAUCCAAAUCAAAUUGUAUUGGUCACAUACAUGUGUUUAGCAUAUGUUAAAUGCUUGUGUUUCUAGCUCAGACAGUAGCAUCUUCUGAUAUUUAGAGACAAGGGUGUCCUCUCGCCCGCAUGACUAUUAAUACCAGCACCCUGAAAUGAUCUGAUUUCCCCAUCACUGCUACUGAGAGGGCUGCGUCCAAAACGGAACCCGAUUUCCUAUGUAGUGCACUACCUUUGGCUAGAGAACAGGGUGCCAUGUGAAAUUUGCAUCUAGAAUACCGAGGGUAUAUCUGAACGUAUUCCCCUAACCACAGUACAAGCACUCUUUACUUCUCUAUGGACCGUUUGCUGUCAUGGACAUUAAGGGAGCAUCUCUGUUUAAAGGGUGCAUCCGCAGACUUAAAAGAGAGGUUAGUGUGUAUCUCAAUAGUUGAGAGUGUCUUCCUCCCCAGAGUAAGAUUCACCCUCAGACCAACACAUCCUCCUUGCCUCCUCACAUGGGUUUGAUUGCCCAGCUAUAGUACCAGCACUCUUUGGGACGUAUAUUAUGACUUUUGACUUGAGAAACAAGCAGGUACCACUCAAACCUCGCUCAAAUCAGUGUAUUGAAAGCAAAGGGGAGAAUCAAGUCAAGUAUAAUCACAUCUGUAUGGAGCACACAGGUGUGACUACCUGACCACCAGCACAUAAUGAUGACAUUACUAUAACGAUGACAUCAUCAUCACUCGACUGUGUUUUCGUUCGUCCACAGGACUUUGUGCACCUUUGCACUAAAGCAAUGAUGUAAUAACACUUUCACAAUUUGUGCUGUCAAUGUUAUAUAUACAGUGUUCAAUGGAUCAGCAACUCAUCUAGAAGUAGUACGGAAAGGACAAGAAAUACUCCACUGGCCAGGAAAUAUGGAUUUAUAUUCGGUGGAAUUGGAAGCCACAACCUUGUCUUUUCUCAGCUAUGGAAAGACUACUGUAUGUAGUAUUUUGAUGGGAUGUAUAAGGACUCUUGGCACAAAUAGCAAAUGCAACUGUUCAGUUUUCAGCACUGGCUAAGAAAGGAACUGUAGUCUACACUCUUCCUUGUUCAUGGAAUCUUCAAACAUCCUGGAUUUCUAUCAUUGGCUGCUUGUAGCUAACAUGUCAACAUUCUCUUCUGUCAUUGGCUGAACCAUAUCUGUCAGUUGAUAUUGACUCUCAGCUCCCCAUAUCAGACUGAGAGAUGUGGUGAGAAGGAAGAGAAAACCAAAAGAAGACAUCAAAGGCUUAAUGUGAGUGCUGUGUUGUGCUCCUCCUCUCUCUAAGCCAAUAGUCACCCUAUUGUAUCUUCUCUACAACCUCUCUCAUGUGAAUGACACAAAUAGAAGCAUGUAGCACUAUGAGGGAGUGAUAUGUGAGGGAGAUAUCAGCACAAUUGCAACCGCUGCCCUUCUCUCUCUCAGCACAAACUGUCAUAUCAGAGGAAGAAACACACCUUGAUUGGUCAACUCAAGCUGCCCGUCAAAGAUAUCGAUGCUGCAUUGGCUGCUGGGACUGUUAUGGCGCCGUCUUGGAUCAGUGAGCAUAUGGUGUCACUUUUCCUUAUGGUAUCACAGUGAAACCAACAAAACAUCCCUGUUCAACUGUACUUUGCUCCUCCCUCCCUUGGCGUCUCUCCCUGUCGCACCCGCUGGACUGUGAAUACUCUUCUAACGUUUUACCUUUUAUUACUAGACCCCCCCCCCUCUCCCUCCCUCUCAUCAAAAAGCCAAGUAACACUUCCUAGACUUCCUGUCCAUUCUGGCCAGUGACUGUGAGGCUCACUCACUGACACCUAGAUAAUGUGGAUGGCAAAAUUGCAUGUCUUUCCCUUGUCUGUCAAAGUCUGGGAGAGGACGGUCCAGGUAAUGUAGGGUAGGGUUCCCCAACUGGCAGGGAUUUUAUUUGGCCUCCCAAGUUUUCUGAGCAAAAAAACAUAUAUAUAUAUAUAAU